GCCAUUUUGCAUUUUAGUUUCGUGUUUUUAGUGUUUAUAGCUAUUUUUUUUAGUUUUCCACCGCAUCUGAGCACUUAUUCCGAGAGCUGAUGACCCGGCAGCCAUGUCGCACGCACUGGUGAACGAGGAAAAGCUGGAGGCGCUGGUCUACGAGCGCUCCAAGGCCUGGUCGAGCAUUGUGAAGGAUUUCUCCACAGUGGAUGACGGUUUAGAGAUGGAUGUGUCGGAGUUCGAUAAACUGUUCCACGGCGACGACGAGAACUCCGACCUGCAGGACGAGGAGGAGGAGGCCAAGGAGGAAAAUGGGACGGAAGCGAAGCUGGAACUGGGCCACAUCAAUGCCAGCAGCGUGGCGGAACUCACCAUGAUGCUUUGCGCCGGCGAGGACAACGAGGGCAAGGUGGAGAUCGAGGAGAUCCUCAAUCAGACAGUGCCGGUCGUCGAGGAGCACAAGCGCAAGUGGCGGGAGGCGGGCCUGGACCGAAUCCUGGAGACCUUCGAUGAGAAGCAGAUCGAACACCAUGUGGGCCACUGGAUGCGGCGCCACAACAGCGUCUACCUAAACGCCCAUGCCCACGGCAACUCGAUCUCGGACCAGAGCGACGAGUCGCUGCACUCCAUCGACACGGCGCGCUACAUCCAGCAGAGCCGCCGGCGCAACGCCCACAUGACCAAUAAGAACCCAAACCUCACCACCAUUAAGAUGUACCGCAAGCACUCGCACAAGCGGGACGAACUGAGGGCCAAGUACGCGUACGAUGACGAGCAGGAGCAUCGCCAUCACAUGCAGGCCUUGCUGCAUCGCCGGCGCGAGAAGGAGCGCAAGCUGGCCUACCUGGCCUCCACGCCGAUGCACUGCACCUACUCCGGUGGCCAUCACGGGAGGCGCAAGCAUCUGCGCAAGCGGCGCAACAACUCCUGGAUCUUUGACUCGUCCUCCAGCAGUGAGGACGAUCCAUCGUUCGCUGGCUGCGACUGCCACUCGUGCCGCAGACAUCAAGCUUUGUCCAGGAGCGCUUACCAGUACUGCGCGUAUGGCCGGGACCAACGCGAGUAUCUCCACCGCCAGGCGGCAUCGCGGACCAUGCACACGAUGCAUCACCGGCAGCAUCGCACCUUCGACGUGGAGAUGGACCUGCGACCCAGGCUGCCGGAGAACGAGUGCAGCUGCUGCAACAGCGACCGACUCUGCUCGAAUUUCGUUCACAUUGCGAAUAGCUCGACGGAGGAGUGGGUGGUGGAGAACCGCAGCAGUCCCUUGCGCGCAGGGAAGCAGGACAAGACCAGGAAGCACAAGCAGAUGGUGGCGGUUAGGAAAGCAAGCCCCCAAUCCGUUCGAUCCAAGUGCCACGAGCAGAGAUUACUGAAAACGAAGGCUGCCUCCGCUUCCAAGUUGGUUAAAUCCAAGGCUAACUACACGGAAAUGUUCGAUAGUGACACUUCCGGUGAAGAUAACAUUCCGCCGAGGAAGGAAUUGUUCUGCCACUCAGAGCGCAGAAAAGUAAAUCCAGUUCGAAUUACAAAGGCGAUGAGUAAGACGACAACUCAUGUAGCUUCCUCCGCGAAAAAGGCUGCAAAGAAGGCUAUUAAUCCUAAGAGUUUGCCACAAAUCAAAGAAGAAGAGCCGCCCACUCGAUCAGCAGACGUGCUUCAAAUAAUUCCAGCUAGCAGGAGUAAAAAAUUGGCACUUCCGAAAAGCGAAUCCUCUGAUCUAAGCGAAGGCGAAAUAAAGAAACCGAAACGCUUAAUGAGUUUCUCGGAGAAGGUGGGCUUAGCUGAAAAUCAAAUUCCAAAUGCGGUAAUGCCGGCAACUCCUUUAAAUUUGCCAAUAGUCAUUGGAAAAGAAAACAAUUGCCUUUCAAAAAUGCCCUUAGCUGAAAAUAUUGCUAAUAUUGAAAUCGAAUCUACUGACGAAAGAGCAGAACCAUUGAAAUCUGCAGAAAUCAAAGAUAAAGAAGCCGACUCGAACUCCAACUCGAAACCAGUGGAAUCAGGAUCAAAGAAAAAUUCAAAGGAGGAUUUAGCGGCUUCCCUCAUCAAAGAAAAGGAAAUCUCUUUAGGAGAAAAGGACAAGGCAUCCAGUCAUAUUAAAAAAUCUAAUGGACGUAUCGAAAGCGAAUCUUCCGAUUCAAGCAACGAUGAAGUGAUAGAAAGGAAGCGCAUUGUGAGUUUCACUGUGGCCAACAAAAAGUCAAAAUGUCCUGCUGUGAAGAAAACUACCAAACAGAAAACGAUUCCAACUUCCGAGGAAAAGGCGGAGAUCCCAGAAGUUAUAACCCUAAACUCUUCAUUAUCCUCUUGUAAUUCAGAGAAGAAAGGAAAGGGAAAAGCGAAGAAGACCUCAGGAAAAGCCAAUACAAUCGAUAAGUCAGCUGCAAAGACGUCUACUCCGGGAGUCAAAAAGACGACACGGAAUUCGGCCAAAAAGAAAACUACUUCUGCUGCUACUACGAAAAAGAAAACUAAUUCUGCUGCUACUACAGAGUUGCCGAAUAUCGAGGAGGAGACACCAAAUAUCGCACCCGAUUCCCAGCAAAAACCGAAUCCCAAAAAACAAAAUUCAAGUGAAGGAAAGGCCGGAGAAGACAUUCCAAGGGAAAAGCUUGACAAGCCCUGCGAUUCAGAAGAGGAGCUGCAGCGGGCCUUGGCUUUGUCCAAGUCUUCGUACAAGGAGGAACAACAGAAGCGGCGGAAAACAAAAAAACAGGCCUCCAAGGAACAGCAAGAACAGUCGCCUGCCGAACAAUCGUUGGCGGUGUUCAACAAUCAAAGCGUGGCCUGCAACUCCACAGCUCUGGCCAACGACACGGCCUGCAAGCGUGUGCUGACCAGGAGAAGGGCGGUCAAAAGGGUGGCCGCCGUUAGCACCACAGAGGAGCAGUCGGCGACGAACAGCUCGAGUUCUCCGCCGGGCAGUUCGGGUGAUGUGGCCAGCGCCACAGGCGGCGAUCCUGACUGCACGGUGGUCACGUCCACCACUUGCUGUGAGCCACCAGUUGCCGGAGAUCCUGUACCUCCGCCCUUCAAGCUCACCAAGCGGGGCAUCCUUCUGCACAGCUCCUCGACACCUGGCGAAGCCAACUUCACGCUGACCGAGCAGGGACUCGGAAAGUUUAUCGGCGAUCGUUGGGCUCGCAAGUACCUGAAAUACCACAUCGGCAGCCGGAGCUUCGACAGCCGACACUCGGUUUACUACCAGCCCACACCGCAAUUGGCCGCCGCCCUGACUGCUCCGCAGGAUGCCCAGAGCCUCGCCAAUCUCUCGAGUUCCAGCGCCAGCGAUGAUGACAUCUUCGAGCAAAUAAACCGAUACGGAACGGUGUACAGCGUUCUUGAGAAGAAGUCUGGUGGCUAGUUAAUCUUAAGCUUAAACUUAGUUUUUCAUAGACUAAACUAAGGUUUUAUAUGCGGUGUUAAACACAUCCCUUCUAAAAGGAAAUAUUAGAAAUAUUGUUGUAGUUUA